GGCAACUCUCCAUCCAAAGUCGAACAGCUCCCUGUUCAAACUUGUGAACCGCUGAGGCUAAGUUCGGAGGGCCUCCCCUCCUGUGCGCUGGUCGCGGGACAGGGCAGGGGCUGCCGGGGAGCUGCGGGCCGGCCCGUUGCCCGGACCCGAGGCUGCACCCGGGGUCGGGCUCCGAGGGAGGAAGCCGGGCUGCGGGGCUGGGCGGCCCGGGGCGGGGGCGGAGCAGGUGAGCCCGCGGGGUGGGAGCGGGGAGUGCACUUGUACGUGACGUUGGAGUUUGCGGCAACCUCGGAGCGGGAGGCUGUGCGCGCGGGUGUGGAGUGGCUGCGCGGCCGGGGACGAUGCGCUCCGCGGGGCGGCCGCCGCAGUGAGCCCCGCGCGGCCACGGGAGCCCGGCUGGCAGCCCGGGAGGCAGGGCCGGGGCGGCCAGCCGCUCGCGCUCCUCCCCGGAGGCGGCCACCGGGCCCGCGAGGCGCGCUCCAGCCGGCCCCAGGAUGUAGGCGAUCGGCGACCGCGCUCCUGCAGGCGGACGGCUCAUCAUGAAGAAGCACUCGGCCCGGGUGGCCCCGCUCAGCGCCUGCAACAGUCCGGUCCUGACCCUCACCAAAGUGGAAGGGGAGGAGCGCCCCCGGGACCCCCCGGGCCCGGCAGAGGCCCAGGCGCCGGCGGGGACCGACACCGGCGGGAGACCGAGCCGUCACUGCUGGAGAUGCUCCCGGGCGCAGCUCAAGAAGAUCUUCUGGGGUGUGGCGGUGGUGCUGUGCGUGUGCUCCUCCUGGGCCGGUGCCACGCAGCUCGCCAAGCUGACCUUCAGGAAGUUCGAUGCUCCCUUCACCCUGACGUGGUUUGCCACCAACUGGAACUUUUUAUUCUUCCCAUUGUACUAUGCGGGGCAUGUCUGCAAGUCAGCGGAGAAGCAAUCGGUGAAGCAGAGAUACAGGGAAUGCUGUCGAUUUUUUGGAGACAAUGGCUUGACUUUGAAGGUGUUUUUUACCAAGGCAGCACCCUUUGGUGUUCUUUGGACACUCACAAACUACCUGUACUUACAUGCAAUAAAGAAAAUAAACACUACGGAUGUCUCCGUAUUGUUCUGCUGCAACAAAGCUUUUGUGUUCUUGCUCUCUUGGAUCGUUCUAAGGGACAGGUUCAUGGGAGUGAGGAUCGUGGCGGCCAUCCUCGCCAUCGCUGGGAUCGUGAUGAUGACCUACGCGGACGGCUUCCACGGUCACUCCGUCAUCGGCAUAGCCCUGGUGGUGGGCUCCGCCUCCAUGGCCGCCCUCUACAAGGUCCUGUUCAAGCUCCUCCUGGGCAGUGCUAAGUUUGGAGAAGCCGCCUUAUUUCUGUCCAUUUUGGGUGUGUUUAACAUCCUCUUCAUCAGCUGUAUCCCUGUCAUCCUCUACUUUACCCGAGUGGAGUACUGGAGCUCUUUCGAUGACAUUCCAUGGGGAAACCUUUGUGGAUUUUCAGUCCUCUUAUUGACAUUCAAUAUUGUAUUAAAUUUUGGAAUUGCUGUUACAUAUCCCACUCUGAUGUCUCUUGGAAUCGUCCUCAGUGUACCUGUGAAUGCAGUGGUCGACCACUACACCAGUAAGAUCGUCUUCAACGGGGUCCGGGUCAUCGCCAUCAUCAUCGUCGGCCUGGGCUUCCUCCUCCUGCUCCUGCCCGAGGAGUGGGACGUCUGGUUGAUUAAGCUGCUCACCCGCCUCAAAGUGAGGAAGAAGGAGGAGGCGGCCGAGGGCGGCGCCGACCUGGGCUUGGGGCCUCAGCACAAGAGCAGAAGGGCCCGGCCCUCCUUCGCGCGCUGAUGGUCUGCUCUGGAACUUUGCGGGGACCGCUCACGUGGGUGAUUUGGAAUCUUUUCCUGACAGGGGGAGCCUCGGUUUGGUGAGGUGUACAUACCUGUACAGUUUUGGUAAUCUGCGGUAAGUUAUAUGGUAUUUAUUGGCAUGUCCAACUUGCUUGCACUUUUUUCACAUCAGACCUUUCACUUAAGGGUACCAAUUCAACACGGGAGAGAGAAGAACCACCUCUCUGCUCUUUUUCAAUGAAUGUAAAGCAGCAUAAAAUGAUCCUUGCCUAGAUUGUUUGGGAUGACAGAUGUUCUUGACAAGGCAGGGCCGAUGUUUUGACUCUUUGCAACUGAAAAUUACAUUGCACACUGUGAUUAUUUUUCAGCUAUGGUAGGUCAUAUUUUGUUUUAUACCAGAGCUGUACUCUUAAUUUUAAGGGAUUUCAAUGAACCAAAAGAUCACUCUGAGUUAAUUUGGAUAAAUGGAUUGCUGGAUGGAUGAGUGGAUGGGAUGUGAAGAGCUGACGCAGAAAAGGAUAAUCGACUUGGAAAACCAUCGACUCUGGCUAAUCUGGGGGUGGCGAUUGGAGGGGGACAGGACCGAGCCAGGUGACAGAAAGGGAAGGUUAAGUUCCAGCCCCAGCUGGCUUGUUCUCACGUGUCUGUGUAAGAUCAUGCAAGAGAAAUUACAGUGCCUUCUACAGAAUUUUCGUCUUUACCUAUGUGAAGCGAGGUGACAUUCUUAGUCACUGGCGCCGUCUUACCACUUAGAUGUAGAAAUCUUUAGAAACAAAUAAAAUACUAUAUAUAUGUGUGUGUGUGUGUGUACACAAAUGGCAAAGCUGAUGACCAGUGUAGGAGAACACGGGUCAUGGUGUGCAUAUAAGGUAGACUCCACAGAAGAGGAAUCUCUGGUUGCUUUUACUUCCUGACCAAGACCGAAAAAUUAUUUACUGAAUCUGCAAACCUUUUUAUGAAACUUUUAAGCACCAGGCUGUUUACUUCCACAGUUUAGGUCUGCCAGAAAAUUCUAUCUGUGAUAGAUCUGUAAAGAGGGACAAGGGGGUUAGAGUUUACUAUUUUUGAAGUUUACAUUGUUACAUAAUGAAAUGGAAACCUUAUUUUGAAAUGCCUGUCAUAACCCAAUGGUGCGCUCUGUAACCAUGGAGUCUUUUGUUUCCUAGGGGAAAGGGGCAUUCAUGACCUGAACUUUUUAAGCAAAUUAUUAUUCUCAGUUUCCAUUACCUGUUUGGCCAAACAGAUUAAUAAAUGAUUUAAAAAAGAAGCACUUAGUACUGUCUUGGUGGCAACUUUGUUCCUUUCCCACUAGGCUAGAUCUGACUUUCCGGCCCCCUCACCUCAUACUCUUCUCCCAGCAAGCCCCAUCCUCCGGCACCUACAAGGCACAUAAAGCCAUUCAGCCAUCUCAAGGCAAGAAGGUUCUUAUUGCAGACAGAGUUGACGCUCACAAAAAAGAAAUGCAGGAGAAAGAGCAGG